AUGAGGCGCCUCGGUCUCUGCUUUUUGCUGCUUCUGUCCUGUCUCGUACACCUUCACCACCCCUCUAACUCUUCUCCCAGUACACAUGAGAUAGAUGGACAUCUAGAGACCAGUGUACAGGCACCAGGGCACCCCAAUGCAACGGAAGCAUCCUCCGAUGUUUUGGCGGUGAGUGGUGCUACGGCAGUACGGGGGAAGCCGCAAGCCACGGAUAGCGAGGGAAAGUGGGAUAGAACCAAGCGAAACUCACUUGGAAACGGCAGCAAGAUCAGCGGCAACAAAGGCAGCAGCAACGCCAGGGCAGUGCCCUUGAGGCGUCAUCCCACGCAAAUAUCAGGGAUGGCGUCUGACGGCAAACUUGCGUUUUCCGCAGGGAGAUUUGCCGACGAUUCUUUAAGAAGCACAUCCGAAGCAACAGAAGGAGGUAGUAGUGGGGCGGUAGCAAUACCAAAACAGUUAGACCCGGUGAAGGGACCAGCACCGUCGGCGGUGUAUUAUUUUGCUCCCCCUGUGGUUUCUGACGAGCCUACACAGGGUGUGGGUGCGACGGCAGAGACUUCUUCAGUAUCUUUUACACCUGAGAGCUCGUUGGUGGGUAAGAGGCAGAGCGAGGAUCCCCAGGGACAUUCGGAGACAGCGUUGCUUGUUGGGCGUCCGCUUGGCAUGAGUGAUGGAGGGGGACCAGCAACAGCAGCAGGAGGAGCCGCAGCAGUACAGACGGGAGAAACAGCGGGAGGAGGUGAAAAGUCGAGAAAGAAUACAACUCAAGCGGCCCCUUUGACUUGUGCCGACUUACCCUGUGGUGAGGGGCAGCUGACCUGCGACGGGCCCGUCAGAGGCCGCUUUCUGUGCACGUGCAGGGUCGGCUUUGUGCUGCAGCGGUGGGGAGGCGAGGCGCUGUGCGUAAGCAGCAGCAAGAGCAGCAGCAGCAGGAGCAGCAGCAGGGUACAGGGAGAAGGGCGGGCCUCCCAAGGCAGCAAGUGGACGGUUGUGUUUGCUGUGGUGGGGGCAGUCAUUGGCUUGCUGUUGCUGUCGUUGCUGGUAUGGGGUGGUCUGUCAUGGGUAAAGACUAGGAGGGCUUCCGUCUCGAAGAGCGUGAAGGAAGAGUUCUCUUCUCUGAUAGAUCAAGAGUCCUCAUUCAGUACGAGGAGCCUUAACUCCCGCCGAAGCAGACACAGGCACAGCGGAAGACAGGAGGAGGAGGAAGACUCUUUUGAGUCACAAUCAGGAGAUACAGAAGAUGAGAAAGAAGAGGAAGCAUAUCACUUGACUAUCUAG